AGCCACCCAACUCCAUUUCCCAGCAGCCUAUGGCAGCCACAACCUCACAUCAAACCCACCUUUCAUUUCCCCCCACCCCAAACAAAAAAAAAAAAACCAUUAAAAUAACUUCUAAAGCUAUACAGAUAAACCUCUUUCCUCCUCAUCCUCCUCCUCCUCCUCCUCCUUCUUCUUCUUCUUCUUCUUCCAUUCAAAUUCCAGUUUUCCAAACGGACCAGAAAAAGGCAAAAUAAUGCUUCUACGUGGCACCAUCUCCGCUCCUCCUCUCCCUCCAUCGCUACGCCUGAGAGCACCGAAUCACCACCCUCCAAACCUCACCGUCAUCAACAAGUUCUCAAUAACCGACGAUGAGCUCCAGUCUCGAGGAUUCAAUCUCCGCCGUUCGAUCUCCGACCUCAACCUGGCCCACCUCAACUCCGUGUUCGUGGCCGUCGGAUUUCCGAAGCGGGACCCGGAGAAGAUCCGGGUGGCGCUGGAGCACACCGACACCCUCCUGUGGGUCGAGUACAGCAAGACCCGGAAGCCCGUCGCGUUUGCUAGGGCGACGGGUGACGGCGUCUUCAACGCCAUCAUAUGGGAUGUGGUCGUUGACCCCUCCUUCCAAGGGAUUGGCCUGGGGAAGGCCGUGAUGGAGAGGAUGGUGAACGAACUGUUACGGAAGGGCAUCACCAACAUUGCUCUGUAUUCGGAGCCCCGGGUCCUCGGGUUCUACAGGCCUCUCGGCUUUGUUGCGGACCCGGACGGGAUCCGAGGAAUGGUCUACUCCAGAAAACAGAAGAAGAAAAAAUAUUUUUGAGGGAUUUUUAUUUUUAUUUUCGCUUUUAAAUUUGAACUCUCAUGUUAUUUUUUUUUUUUCCAUGGUAACUAGCUAAUUUAUUAGCAUUAGCAUGCUACUUUUUUUAUAUGAAAUUGUAAUCUUAAAAUUUUAAUUUGUAUAAAUUUAAUUAAAAUUUAAUAUAAUAUAAAUUAUAAUUUAAA